CAGCAGCAAAGGAUUCUUCAAAAACAGAUGUUUUGACACUCAAAAACUGUUUAUUAACAGUUACUUUCGUGAGGGGUGCCUUAAUCUUUUUUCCUAAAUGACUUCAGAAACACAAAACAGAUACAGUAGCUAGUUCUACUUAGGCCUACAUAUUCUCAGCUUAGCUCUUGUGUCUUGCCUAGCCUCUGGAGCCUUGACUAUCUGACACCGAUUGUGUGAACAGCUCGCUUUGUUCAGCAACCGGAAAUGUAGGGGUACUCGAUUAGUAAUCAAUUAUUUUGUUUAUUUGAUAGCUCAGGAGGAUUACAUUAUAGGCUAACAGGUGUCGAUAAUGACGUCUCCGAGGGCAUGAGUAUGGAAAUCUCAAUGUUUCCACACGAGCCAAAAUAAGUGCCGGACACUCAGUACAAGCAAGUUACCGCUAGGUUUGAGCGUGUUUUGGUGUACAGUGGUAAAGUGUAUCCCAAUACAGCAUUUAGUGGGUGUAAGCCAGUUUCUCCAAUGUGUUUUGCGUUUGUUGCACCUCUUCGCGGUAAACUAGCCUAAAUGUAGGCUAACGUAGAGACAAAAGAGCUGUUUAGUUGUCUUUUUUCUCUCUCGUGUUGAACAUGAGUAUCGUUAGACGCACAAUGAAACGUAUUUAUUCAGACUUGCCUGUCUGGAUUGUGGAAGACCACAACGAUGUAGUGCGUCAUAUAUACCGUGCUAUUGGUUCAAGACACCUUCCAAUGAAAAAUGUGAAAAUGGUUCACCUGGACUCGCACCCAGACCUUUUAAUCGCCGUGAACAUGCCAGCGGAUACUGUGUUCGACAAAGACACUUUGUUGAGUGAGCUGAGCAUUGAGAACUGGAUUAUGCCGAUGGUGUAUGCUGGACAUAUAUCUCAUGUUGCUUGGCUACAUCCAUAUUGGGCCCAGCAGAUCAAAGAAGGAGAGCAUUCUAUGUUUGUAGGACGAGACUCAUCCACAACUACAAUCAGACUUACCAGCACAGAUGACUACUUCCUGAGCGAUGCCUUGUACGUCCCUCACAGUCAACUGGAAAACCCCAAGCCUCUCCACCUCAGUGUCAUCAAAGUGGACCCUGUUACGGACCAUACUUAUAAGCUUGAUGAUGACACCACGAGAAUAACUUCUGCCAAGCAAUUAAGAACAGGUGACUGUAAGGAGAACAAGGACGCCUGUAACUCCUCAUCAGAUCCACUGGGGGACAGGGUUGUCCCUGAAAACAAAGCUCAGACAGCAGAGCCCAGCGGCCAGAAUGGUGAUGGCUCAACAGACACAAUUGUGAACAGUCUGCUGUCAAUGAUUGGGCAGUCUGAUUCGUAUAUCCUUGACAUUGACCUUGACUUUUUCUCAUGCAAGAAUCCUUUCAAGGAGAUUUAUACACAGGAAGAGUAUGUGCUUCUGCAGGAGCUAUACGGUUUCCGAAAACCUGGUGAGGAUCUGAAUGAGGAGGAGCUGUGUGAGUGUGUGGACAGACGUACGCGUCAGCUGGAGGAUCUGGAGGCAGCCUUCGCUGAUCUGUUGGAGGACGACGGCCAGGAGACGGUGGAACGCUGGGCUGCUAACCCCGGAAUGGGCCCUUUAGUGCAACUUGUGAGUAGUCUUAAGAGCCGAAUGGAGUCCCCGGACUAUGAAAUGGUGCACCAGGCUGGGCAGACCUGUGACUUGUCGGAGCUGCCCCACCACGUCAGCAGUGACGGGGAGAUCCAGCAGCUGCUGCUUGCCGUGGAGCUCUUCCUGAAGGCCCUACCCAAGCCCACUCUCGUCACCAUGUCCAGGUCCAGUUUGGAUGAUUACUGCCCGACAGAGCAAGUGGACUCUAUUCAGAGUAGGAUGCUGGAGAUCCUGGAGCAGCUGUAUGGCUCACUGGCUGUGUUUAAAGACUAUGAGUCAGCAGCAGCAGCAGCAGCAGCAGCCAGCAGCUCCUUACAAACCACUUGAGGGAAAAGCUCAUUUUUCACCUGUGUCUAGAGUUGUUUUUUCUGUCCCCUUCUGUCUUCUCACUUGCUUUCAGAGCCACAGACUUUUCUUGAAAAAUGAUCAUAGUUUGCUUUAAAAAUGAGCCUGAGAGUGCAUACUGAUGUACCACGAGACAGGAGUAAUGAACAAUAGACUAGAAUUUGCAUAGGUGUGUGAAUAAACGACCAUGUCCAGUU